AUGACGACAAGUAUUUUGACUUCAUUUAUAAUCAUUAUAUCGUUCAUAGUUAAACGAAUACAAGCUGAUUGUCAAAAUAAUACAUUAACUGAAACGACAUUUGUCUAUCGACGUGUUUGUUAUUUUGCAAAUUGGGCUGCUAAACGAUAUGAUAAUAUAAGUCGUUUAACUCCUGAAGAUAUUGAUCCAUUUUUAUGUACACAUAUUAAUUUUGCUUUUGCUAAAGUACUUGAAAGUUUAAUAAUAGCACCAUAUGAAGAAGAUGAUUUAAAAGGAUGGACAGCAAAUUCGAAAGGCAUGUAUGAACGUAUAUUAAAAUUAAAAGAAACCAAUCCUGAUCUACGUGUUCUUCUGAGUGUUGGAGGAUGGACGCAUGCAUCUCGUGGUUUUAAUGAAGUAUCAAAAACUGCUGCAAAUAUAAAAAAUUUUGUUAAAAAUAGUGUGAAAUUUUUACGUGAAAAUAAAUUUGAUGGAUUAGAUUUAGAUUGGGAAUAUCCAGGAGCAAAAGAUCAAGGUGCUGAACCUCAUUCAAAAACUGGUUAUACAAAAUUAGUAAAAAAAUUAAGUCGAGUAUUCAAACGAGAAGCAGAACGUACGGGACAAGAAAAAUUAUUACUAACUUGUGCUACAGCUGCUGCACGACAUCGAAUCGAAGCUGGUUAUGAAGUUGAAGAAGUUUGCAAAUAUUUUGAUUUUGUAUCAGUUAUGACUUAUGAUUAUCAUGGUAGUUGGGAUGGUAAAACUGGUCAUAAUAGUCCAUUAUAUGCAAUGCGUAAUGAACGAAAAAAAUUUCGUGAAUGGAAUAUAAAUAGUUCAAUGCUUGUAUGGGAAGAACUUGGAUGUCCGAAAGAAAAACUUAAUAUUGGUCUUUCAGCUUAUGGACGAGCUUUUUCAUUAUUUGGAGAAACAGGUAUGUCGAAUGGUAAACCAGUAACAAAGAAAAAAUCAUCCAUUGGAAUAAAAGCAAGUGCAGCCGAAGCUGGAAAAUAUACACGAGAAGCCGGUGUUCUAGCUUAUUAUGAAAUUUGUGAAUUACUUCAAAAUAAUCCAAGUAAUCGUGUAUUUUGGCAUCAACAAAUGAGUGUUCCAUAUGUAUCAAGUAAAACUUUAUGGAUUGGUUUUGAUAAUAUUCGAAGUGUUACACUUAAAAUGCAAUUCUUAAAAGAACAUGGUUAUGGUGGUGUAAUUAUUUGGUCAUUAGAUCUUGAUGAUAAAACAGGUACAGUUUGUAAUGAAGGACCAUUUCCAAUAUUUAAUGCAGCUAAACGUGAAUUACUUAUUUUACCUGAUCAUUUAAUAAAUAAAGAUAAAAAAUGUUCAGAUGAUAAUAUAACAAUUACAAUUGAACAUCUUCAUUCCAAAAUGACAAAAAUUAAACAAAGUAAAAAUUCGAAAUAA